CUUUGUUGUUCUUGUGUUUGUUAAAGACUUGUGAGUCCAUGUAUUAUGGUAAAGUUGGUAGUCCUGGAUGCCUUAUGUACAAUGGAACAUGCGUGGACCACUGUCCAGAAUACAUGCAUAGACUGAACAGCGAAUGUCGUCCGACUCCAUCGCAACGCACUUGCGACGAACCAGUCGCAUUAUCAAUGGGAACGAUUUGCGACUGGUCGCGGUGUGACUGCGACUUUCCAUUCGUCCUCCACCUUCCUUCAGGAUAUUGCUUCGCAUAUGAAGAUUGCCCGUACACAGGCCACUGUCCCUUGCUCAAGUUUCGAUAUGGCAAAUGCUAUGGGGAUAACACUAGGCAAAUUCUUCGUGAAAUACGAUCAAAGGGUCUCUUCAAUAAGCCAUUGGAAUAUCGGCCAAGGGACAACUACGAAUUGGAGAAUAUGCCACGACAUGACGCAAAACGCGACGUCUACGACGGUCUAAAGCAUCGUCAACCGACAUAUUUGACUGGAUAUACGGGAUACGUGCCUGGGAUGAAUUUUGCAUAUGGUAAAUCCUACGGCCGCACAGCAGAUGAUUGCAUGGCAGACUUCUCUCGUAAUCAACGUCAACUGAAACGAAAGGCAGAUUUGAAUAAAAGCUAUGUUCGAUCUCGAAGCGCACCUAAAAUGGAAACUAUUCACUCGAGAGACGAGAUCAGAAGAGAUCUCAACAGAUUUACCGAGAUCAAUAAGUAUAAGGAAAAUACAAUAUCACCGGAGUUCCCACCCAUCGCUGGCUACACAGGUCAUAUACCACGCAUUAAGGGAUCAGAGGCAUCCCUAAGCCAACGAUAUCAUUGUGCCGCAAAACGCGGAUUGGAACUCAUACAAAUUGAACGAGAAAAUCGAAAAGAACUACAAAACGCCGACGCAAAUAUCCGAGCCAUUAUCAAACCUAACGAUAAGAAAUACUCUUAUUGGAAUUGGGGAUAGCAUACAGGUAGAAGAAUGUUCUUUACCAAAUAUAGGUGAACAUUCUUCUUAAAAUGUCCGAAACGACAAUAUACGCGUCAGUAUUAAUCGAUUGUGUGAUGUAUGUUGUAACCCCAAGAAGAAAUUGAUGAAAAUUUGUCAAUUACGUAGUGUGGGUGUCUAUUUUUGGAGGUUAUUUCGAAAUCCAAAUUAGGACGAAAACAAAAUACCCAUUGUCAUUUUAGCGAUAAAAUACUUAGACGUCAGGAACCCAUGAUACGGCACGGAUGAUGCAUUAUAAUAUAUACCAUUGUAAUAAUGGUAUAUAUUAUAAAUUUUGAAGGCUUUUUUCGGGUAAAUAUAGAAGGCAUACAAAACCUCCUUCAAAAAUAAGUUCAGUUCAGUAUUUAAUAGAAUUUUAAUGUGUUUUUCUUAUAUUUUCGAUGAUUUGCUAAGCAUUCCAAGAGUAUAUAGAUGAUACUCCUUUUGCCAAUGCAAUAUAUUAACUAGUGCAAUCGUUAUUUACUUUAUGUAAAUAUGUAGCUUUGUACUAUGUUAUAAGUAAGACGUAAGUGUAACAUGUAAGACAAUUAAAACAGAUUCAAAAAGAUAUUGCUUUUAUUAAUUAUUAACAUAAAUCAUAAUUUUAAAAGUAUAAAGUUUUUGUUUUUAAUAG